CUAACUAGCUACGUAAUUUAAUACACCUGUUCUGCUUGGUAGAUGUUCUCAUAGCACGCUUCCUAAAUUUACAUGUUACACAGUCACUUUCAAUGAACCUUGCUCCACUGUCGCUUCCAACGCUAUCUAACUACGUUAGGUGCAUCUCUGUCUCUUCUAUAAUAUUAGAAAUACAUACGCACCACAAAUAUGUAUGUAUGUGUGACAGUCUGUGUGAGUCUGUAAUUAUAAUUUCAAUUACGCUGAUGCCGCAGUAAAUUAAUUACAUGUAAUCAUCACGUAUGGAAGGCGCAUAGUACGAGAGCAUGUGUAUGCUCGAUGUUGUUGAGAGCGCGUUACGUGCUUUACGCUGGUAUGUAGAGUGUCUCGAGCUUGUGUGUGACGCACAAACACCAUCAUAUGUUUAAAUGCAUGCUUGCCCUGACUGUUUAUGUCAGGAUGAAUGAAUUUGCUGGCAUUUCGGUAAUUUGGCAUUUUGCGGAUGCGUUGAAGCAGCGCACUAGCAGUGAGUCGCCAGCUAUGCGGUCCUUCCGCGCAGCGCUCGUGCAUAGCCAGCCAACCGCAUUUAAUUUCUGUUCCCUGUCGGCAUAGACAGCGCAAACCAAGCAUUUAAUCGUUGGUCUAGGCAAAAUGUUCGAACGCCAAGCUGUUGCCUAUUUCCCGAACUAAUCAGCAUAAAAAGUGAUUUACGAGUAAUAUUGGAAGCGGCAGCAAAACUAGAAGCGGAUGCGAAGCAUCCUACUCAACGUCGUUGGAGUAGCAUAUGUUGUAGAUGAGGAGUGGGGACAAUAUUAAAUCAAAUAAGUGAACAGAAAAAAUGAAAUAAAAAAGAAAAAACGAAAUAAAAAGAAAAAACGAAAUAAAAAGAAAAAAUUAGCAGCAGCAAUAGCAUAUGUAUCUACAUCACUGCCGCCAGCCGAAAAAUGCUGUUGAACGCUCCCGAAUGAUGUGCAACAGUGCCAUUGCCACUGCCACUUCCACUGCGCUACUCGUUGCUACUGUUGCUGCCGUUGCGCCGCUUGCUGCUACUGUCACUGCCACUGCCAACAACACCCAAACCCAAGCGUGUAUGCGUGAGUGAGAUAAGUGGGCAGACGUACGGCGUGUGGCGCGAAUGCGCUUGUUUGUGCGGUUUUCGAGCAACUCCCACGAUAACAAUAAAAAAGAAGAGUGGUCGCAAAGCAGCUCCUGCAUAGCAAUCCCUGCCGUAUACACAGUUAUUAUUUUUGUAUUUGUUGCUAUUGCUGUGUUGUGGUGGAUUUCUUUGUUGUGCGUACGCUUGUUGCUGUUUGUGUGCUGUUAGAGCGCCGCGUGUAAAAUGAAAAUCAACUGUUCAUGUGAUUGCAAUUGCAGCGACCGCGCCUCGUGCAGCACCAACAUCACCGACCGCCGUCCGAGCGAUAUCAUGGCCAAUGGCGAUUGCUAUCGCCGAUUGUCGAAUUCAUCGUCCGCAGUUUACGGUAGUUGUCCACAGUUAACACAGUAUUUAGAUUCAUCGCAACAACAACAACAACAUUGCCCACACUUGAACCAAACCGAACAAGAGGCGCAACAAGCGCAACAUCAUUACCAGUCAAUACAUCAGCAGCCACGUCAAUACUCGAGUUUAGUGCGUCCACGCCAGUCGCGUAGCCCAGUGCUUUGUCAGCGUUGUGCCGUGUGACGAAGGAAUAAUCAAGCCUGCACACAUCCCGAUAGAUCGACAGUGACUUGCGCGCUUACAUUCACAGCCGCGAGAACUGCCAAGGGCAAAGCCGCAAAGGAAGCAAAGGUAGCAACAGCGACAGCAGUUGUAAAACCGGCACCCGCGCCCACAUCCUCUUCUCUAGCGUUUGUAUCCUUCAAACCGGCAGUUGCGUCGAAAACCUACAGAGCUCAGCAGUUGCAACAGGAAUUGCCAUCGUCUGUGGCUACGCCGGCUGUAACCGCAUCGCGCUACUUGUGUCGUCGCUGUAGAUUCAAUAAUCAACCCGUCACUUGGUGGGUUUCUUGUCCGCGUCUCUCCAAUUUAGGCUCUAGUGUCAGUUUGCAACCAAGCGCUACCGCAACAGAAUCCCAAACUCAAGCCAAGCAGUCAACACAACUUCAGCCACAAAGCAAGCCCGCGCCACAACUAUUACGCGAAGCAGCCAGCAGCUACGAAUACCAACAGCAACAGCAACGCCCUUUGCCACUGCCACCACUGAGCGCCGCUCAAAGCCAGGACUCGCCAACGCCCAGUGGUAACAGCAGCAACAUGGCCUCCGCCGCAGCUGCCAUCACAAAGAAAACAGUCACGCGCCAGCAACUUUAUGGUUCAAAUCGUUGCCUACGGCAAUCAAGUGUCCAUUAUCCACUCGAUCAUGGCACGCUGCAGACGGCACAUGCCGGCGGUGUUGGUAAUACACUAAAGCGCCAAACAUGCGCGCUCUCGCACUCGCGUUCCAUCACGGCCCUACAAAAUAUGGAUCUCUAUGGCAGCUAUGCCACACUGCCCUCGACGGCAGGCGGUGCUGCUGCCCCGCUCGAUACACCGCAGCGCUCGUAUUGUGCACGCCAUUUGCCGAGUGGUGUGAGCGCAGCUGCUGCAGUCGGGGCGGGUGGUGGUGGUGUUGGUUUGGGUGUGGGUGUCAGUGACAGCCACACUUGGCAUUCCAAUCAGUAUGCGGCAGCUACGCCUUGCUGUCACCUCUACAAUGCCAAUCAGGCAGCUGCAGCAGCGGCACCCACAUGCAUGUAUGGUGGCGUUGGUGCUGGCCACACUUGCCAACAGCAACAGCCUCAAUCGCACCAACAGCAGCAGCAGUAUCCGCGUGCCACUCUGUUGCAUGACAGUCAUAAGCCUUUGGUGCCCAAUGGCUGUUAUUUUGGCUAUGAGCAUGGCACACAUUUAACGGACGAGGAGGACUCAGCGUUUCCAGGCUUCCAUGACCGUGAGUUUCACAUGCUGCAUCGGAAUAUACCGGCGUUGCGGCGCACUGGCGUUGAUACGGCGGGGAUUAGACAGUAUUUUUAUCCGGAUGGUGGUUGGGGUUGGAUCAUUUGUGGUAUAGCCUUUUUGGUUCAUAUAUUAACGACAGGUUUGCAAUUGUCAAGCGGCCUGCUACUCUUCUAUGCCAUUGAACAUCUGCGAGAUUCGAAUGGCAUUGAAUGGGUUGGUGCUCUGAACUGGUCAAUUUCUAUGUUACUAUCACCAUUUGUGAUCACAUUUUGUCGAAAGAAAUCGACGCGACUGAUGGCAGUGGUAGGCGGUCUAGUGUUACCUCUAGGCGUACUAUUUACCUCCUUCGCUACGGAGUUGGGACAAAUAUUUUUUAGUUAUGGUAUUGUUUUUGGUGUUGCUGUGGCAAUGGUUCGUGAAUCGUCCACAAUAAUGUUAGGAAAUUAUUUUAAGCGCCGAAGACAAUUUGUCGAAAUGAUCGCCAUGUCGGGUGAGGGAGUGGGCAUAUCGAUUUUCUCUGUGAUACUGCGGGAGGGUGUUGGAAACGCUGGCUGGCGUGUUGGUCUCCAAAUCGUUGCUGGUCUGGUAGCGGUUAGUUUCUUUAUGGGUUUAUUAUAUAGGCCCGCAUCACUAUAUCAUCCACAACGGCGGGCCAUUCAACACUUGAAAAAUCAGCGGAAGAAGAUGCGUGAAAAUAAAUCGAAAUCUGUGGUAACGACAGAACAGAGAAGUGUCCGUUAUUUGUUUCUCGACAUAUCACCCUUCAAGUCAACCAAUGUGAAAAUUCUACUCGUAUCAGCUGCUGUAGCGGCAUUGGGUAUUUACACACCAAUGAUCUCAAUGACUUUGACCGUCGCCAAGGAGGGUCCGGAUAUAGAAGACUUGGUUUUGCUGCAAACGUUUUUGGGUGUCUCCACCACAAUGGGCGUUUUUAUUGCCGGUACAAUAUUGCGCAAAACUUUUAGAAUAGGUAGCUUUUUGAUAACCUCACAAAUUGUGUCUCAGGUAUUUAUUGCACUAAUAGCAAUUGCUAUAUUGAGUCUCUCGUUCGUCGUAAGUUUCCGCUGGUUCUGCAUACUCGGUUGGUUGUAUGGCAUCGGUUUCGGUGGAUUUCGUUAUGCCUUCAAGGUGCUAGCACUGGAUCGAAUUAAGGUGAAGCAGUUCUCAAAGUCAUGGGGCCUUAUCAAAGGCGUCGAAUCCAUACCGGUGCUCAUUAGUAUUCCACUAACCAGCUUCCUCAACGAUUACUCACUGCAUUAUGGACGUGCCGGUUAUUUCAUCUGCUCUGCAGCUGCUGCUAUUGGCGGCAUUAUUAUAUUCUUCAUGACCUACUCAACGGUAGAGCAGAGUUCCAGUAGCCACCAAGUAAAUAGCAAGAAGCAUGGUAAUGGUGCCAUACCCACACUGCGUCCCUUCCCCCAAUAUUGCAAGCUACAUGGCUUUCAUGAACCUGUGGUGGACUUUAAUGUUUACAAUGGCUGUGAUUACCCAGCGCCCGAUUUGCUCAUGAGCCGCAGCUGUGUCAGCUUGAAUCAAGUGGAUUUUGAGAACCUAUGUCGCAACAAUGCGUACUGUGAUCGGUGGCAUAUGCCAAGCUUGCAUAAAUUGCAACACUGUAUGGUGCAUGGUGGGGCGUCGGCGCGCGGGCGAGGUGGUCAUAUGGGCGAGAUAAGUCGGCCGCAUAGUCCACAUUAUGAUAUGGAGCAUCGCUAUGCCAGUAUGGGGCGUGGUAUGGGCAAGCGGUUGCAGAAAAGUUUGUCGUUCAUACAGAAUCCGUAUUGUUGCAAUGGGCAAUGGUAUUGCAAUUGUCAUGACAGCUAUCAGUGGGCACAAACGUCGCCGAGAUCCCAAAUGCAUCAACCUUUGCUGUGCACCUGCAAUCAAGGCUCCACCAACUAUUUGCAAAACUCACGCAGUCGCAGCGUUCCUGAAGGUCUCUCCACAAUCGGCAAUCAGCUGUGCAGGUGUAAGACAACAACAGCGGGAGCGGCAUCGGGGGUGGGCUCUUCCACCGCUCUAUCGCGUGAAGUUAUCUAUUUACCGCGCCAUGACCUCGACUAUGACUUCGCGUGUCGGCAUCAUCAAAGAGGUGUAGGCGCUGCAGCAACCACAGCAGCAGCAGCGGCAGCCGCCGCCAUACAACAUGGUGCCGCUACAACACCGCGUUACCGGCACCGCCGCUCACAAUCACUAUCCAAGCCACUGCAAUAUGUCGAACAGAUAACGACAUCGGUGUAGAUGGGCUACUAAUAACAAUUAGACAAAAAAAGUAGUACAUAAACUCAUGUUGAGAAUAGCAAGGCUACUGCGUUGGGUACAGUGGUUAAAAAUAGUGUACAUUUGUGAAUGUUAAUUUAUUGAUAGUCCCAUUUUAUGUUGACGUAUUCGAAAACUCGGUCUCGCAGAACUUAGUUUAUGCAAAAUUGGCUUUACUAAUUGAAAAUAUUUUCAUUUAAAACUAAACUAUUUUCCGAUAUUCUAUACAUAACAACUUAAAUUUGUUCUAAAUUAAUUUAAGAAAUAAUCGGUGGAAAUGAAAAUUUUCCGCGCUUUGUUCAAAGUGGCGCAAAAUUAAUCACCCUAUCAUAUUUUACACUUGUGAACAUCACUCAAAAUCAUUUUUUUUUUAUUUAGUAAAAAAGUUAUUCAAAAACAUGGCGUGGCCAUUUCAAAUAUAUAAAAUUUAAGUCAUUUAAGAAAAUUAUGCGAAUUUCGCUCUUUAAGGUUAAGUUUUAGAAGGCUUUUUUGUACUCAAUAUACUCAUUUUUCCAUAUUUUUUUCUUCUGGGCGGAAACUAGGACUCCUUGCAAACUAUAUGGAUUGUAAUGCAUCUACAGCGAGGGCCCUAAAAUUGUCGCACUUAAUUAUUCAAAAUGAUGAAAAACUACAAAUAAAUUCAGAUUGAUAAUUUAUUUUUUUUACUGUUUAAAAUAUUCCCUAAAAUUUUUAAUAUUUUAAAAAUAGUAAGGGUGAGAGAUUUGAACUCAAUGAUAAAAU